CACGUCUGUACCGGGCUGGGCGGGAAAAACAAAAAUGGCGAGCCGAGGCUGAAAGAGAAGCGGAGGAGCUCGUUACACUGUACGUUUUAUUUUACACCCAGGCACCUGCGCUAAGGUGCAUUUAUAAAAGAUGGAGGACGUGGAGUCCAGGUACUCUCACCUGCUGCAGCCAAUCAGGGACAUGACCAAGAACUGGGAGGUGGAUGUGGCCACUCAGCUGGGCGAGUACUUGGAAGAGUUGGAUCAGAUCUGCAUAUCGUUUGAUGGCGGUAAAACCACCAUGAACUUUGCAGAAGCUGCCCUCCUCAUCCAAGGGUCAGCAUGCAUUUACAGUAAAAAGGUGGAAUAUCUUUACUCUUUGGUGUAUCAAGCCUUGGAUUUCAUAUCCAAUAAGAAGCGGAAUCAGCAGCCGGCCUCUGUUGGAGAAGAUGGGGUGGACAAAGAUGCAAACUUUCCAAACCAGAAUGAAGAACAAGAGUUUCUCAGCCUAGAUGAUAUAACUGACACCAAGAAAACCAACGUGGAUUUGAAAAAGGAACAAAAUCCAAAUCUGGUGAACGUUAUUCCCCUUACACCAAUGGCGCUUGUUCCUCCUGAAGAAGUGGAAAAGAAAAACAACCCUCUAUGCAGCCGAAAAGGAGAAAUCUUGGCUAGCAGGAAGGAUUUCCGUAUGAACACCUGCACGCCUCAUGCAUGCGGUGCCUUCAUGUUAGAACUGGCUCUAAUGUCACCAACACACUUUGAACAAAAUAUCCAGCGAAUGGAGGAGGCCAGCUUUCAGCCAGUUGUGCAGAACAUAGAAAGUGAUAAGAAUGAAAAUAUGGAAGCUGAAUGUGAAGCACCGUUACCAGUGUUGAACUUCUCUGAUGAUAAUGGGAAUGAUGAUGGAUUUGUUCCACUGGAUGAUCACCAUGAAGAAGAGAUGGAACCUAUUGAACAAAUUGAGCGACAGGAGAUCCAAACAGAAGAGCGAGGAUAUGUACUGCGACAAAGAGCAGUGAAGGAAAUGGCAGUUUCAAACAUCAAGCAUAAUCUUUUGGACCCAUGGCGCAGUUUAGACCCUUUUGAGUCUUCUGAAGAAAAGCCCUUUAAAAAAGGCAAGCAUUAUACAGUUCCUCGAGGGGUGAUAGACGACUUAUCAAAUAACAAGAGGAAAAGGAGAUUAACCUGCAAACUGCAAGACUUCAUGAAAUGGUUUAGCUGUUCGUCCUGGGAUGGUGCGGAAGCGGUAAAAUCUAGAAGGAAAGGUCCAACAUUUGGUGAUAUGGAAGUGUUGUAUUGGAAGCAUGCUAAGGAACGUCUUGCUGCACAGAGGCAACUCCAGAAAAGAAUGGGGCCACAAUUUGCAAAAGUGGCAGAAUUACUUGCUGAAGAUGACCCGGUAAAUCAUGUGGAAGAAGGGCGCGAUGCAGACUAUUUGGAUCAUGAUGAUGGUGCAGAUCUCUCAGACCAUGAAGACUUAGGUCUGAACAUUCCAGCUAGUCUACACGAUGAGCCAGCUUGUACGGGUGUUGAUCCAAUGGAUCUCCACGACCAAAUGACAUAUGAAGAGCUUGUGAGAAGAAAUGUGGAGUUAUUUAUUGCAAAUUCUCAGAAGUAUGCCCAAGAAACUGUACUUUCCUUGCGUGUGCGAGAGUGGGAGGAUAAAAUGGAACCACAACUUCAAGAACAGGAAGAAAGGGGCGCUUUCGAUAUUCAUGAUUACGGAGAUCGUCUGGUGUCACAAUUCAGUAAGGUGGGAGAGUGGAGAUCUUUUGCAAGUCUAAUGGCACACAGGGAACCCUAUGAAAUUUGCAGAUACAUGUUGGCAUCUCUACAACUGGCCAAUGAUUACACAGUAGAAGUGUCCCAGAAGCCAGGGCUCCAUGAAGGACUAGAUACAAUGUCCCUACGGCUUCUCAGUCAACAGAAAGCACAUGAGAGAUUCAAGACAUAUACUGCCCCAUCUGUUGCUGAUCACUGACCAUAAAGACGAGAAAGUUUAUUACACAUUAUCUGACAGCUGAAUCCACACUGCUGUUACUUUGUCAUGGCCAGUCUAAUUUAUAUCAGACUGCAUUUGUAACAAAACGUGAUGCCUAAUGCAGCUAGAAUCAGAUGGCUGCUAGAAAAAGAAACAUCGGAAAAUAUGCGGCCUAGUGGUGAACGGGACGCCACAGUAUAUUGGUAUACUGAAGACAAGUGGCCUAAUGGACUCCUCCCUUCCUUCUCUCCCAUUAGUGCUGGCUGUUAUGUUACUUGGUAAAGUGCUGUGUGCAUUUAACCAAAGACAUAAAUGUUUUUAUUACAUUUAUAUUCUGUACAUACAUUUUUAACCCCAUUUUUGUACAGUCUUUGCUAGUCAAGUCCCUUUUCAAAUAUAUGUAUGUAUAAAUUCCAUUUAUAUAAUAUUGUUUUGGUCUUUUUUACAUCCUGAAAUAACU